AAACAGGUAUUUUCAAGUUGAUCAAUUGAUAAGGAUAAGUCGAAUUGGUAAAACUGGUAUACAUUAGAACAUAGAUGGCAAUGAUAGUUUGAAUAAUCGAGUCUCAGGUAAUGGAGUGCAUCGUAUUAAUUUCAACAUUAAUCUCGGACGAGAAGAAAAUCGGUCAACGACUUUCAAUCGGUGUGCAUACGGUGAGAAGAACCGAACACACGCGCCAUAUUCAUAUUAUUGCGUAAGGCCAAGGUAUUGGCCCUCAAAAUGUUAAGCUGUGGUAGAAUUAUUGGACAACUGUCUAAAGUAACAAGGCACGCACAUACUAAUCAUUCCUAUCGAACUUUAAAAUAUGUCGGCAUUUUCAGUGUUAAUAGAUUGUGUUAUAGUAAUGAUGCAAAUAAUAAAAAGCCAUAUAGGACACCUGGUACUACAAUAAAACCAGAGGAAUGUUUACCUGAGUCUAAAUAUUCUAAACCAAAGAAACCGCUUCCUGCUUGCGAAGCUCAACGUGAUGGUACUUGUCCACCUUCUUGUAAACCAGAUUAUACACAAGAAGAUGGUAAUGGGAAGAAUGGUAAAUUUCCAUAUUGGAAACAUUUAUUGGCCACCUUGAUAAUAGCAGGAGUGACUAUUUAUGCGAUUUCUUCUUCAGAAUGGUUUACGGAUAAAUUUGACUCACAGUCUGACACCAAAAAAAAAAAAGAUACAGAAAAAAGAUAUAAAAGAUCAAAGGAUGUAAUAAAAACUCCAGCUGUAUCUAAAUCAAUACCUCAGGAAGUACCUUAUCUACUGAUAGGUGGAGGAACUGCUGCAUUUUCAGCAUUUAGGUCAAUUAAAUCUAGGGAUCCCAAAGCUAAGGUUUUAAUAAUAAGCGAGGAAGAAGAUUUACCAUAUAUGAGACCGCCAUUGUCUAAAGAAUUAUGGUAUAAUACAGAUAGAGCAACAAGUGCAAAAUUGAAUUUUAAACAGUGGAAUGGAACGCAGAGAAGUCUUUUUUAUGAACCCCGUGAAUUUUAUACAAACGUUGAUAAACUAAUGCAAUUAGAUAAAGGUGGAGUAGCUGUAGCAGUUGGUUGGAAAGUAACCAAAAUUGAUGCUACAAAUAAAAUUGCUGUACUUGAAGAUGGUCAUGAAAUCAAGUAUGAUAAGUGUCUUAUAGCAACAGGUGCUUCGCCUAAAAAUCUUCCAUUAUUUGAAUCUGCUUCGGAUGAAGUUAAAGAUAAAAUUAUAGCCUAUAGAACAAAACAAGAUUUUCUUGAAUUAGAAGAAAAUAUUCAUAAUCCUAAUUGUAAAAAUAUAGUUAUUAUUGGAGGUGGUUUUCUUGGUUCUGAGCUAGCUUGUUCACUUGCGAGAAAUUAUCCAGACAAAAAUAUAAUUCAAGUUUAUAAAGAAAAGUAUAUAAUGGCUCAAGUAUUACCUGAAUAUUUGAGUGAAUGGACAACAAAAAAAGCUAUGGCGGAAGGGGUCAUUUGUACGCCAAAUGUAGAAGUUUCAGAUUUUUCCUAUAAAAAUAAAAAACUCAAUCUUAUCCUAUCUGAUGGCAACACUAUUGAAGCUGAUCAAGUAAUAGUAGCCAUAGGAGUUAAAGCAAAUGCAGAUUUGGCAACAUCCUCACAAUUAGAAGUACAUCCUAAUGUAGGAGGUUUUCUUGUUAAUGCCGAAUUAGAAGCAAGAAGUAAUUUGUGGGUUGCUGGAGAUGCUGCAUGUUUUUAUGAUGUUAGAUUGGGUAGACGAAGAGUAGAACAUCAUGAUCAUGCUGUAAUUUCGGGUAGAUUAGCUGGAGAAAAUAUGACCGGUGCAGGAAAACCUUAUUUGCAUCAGUCUAUGUUCUGGUCUGAUUUAGGACCAGAAGUAGGAUAUGAAGCAAUUGGUAUUGUAGAUUCAUCUUUCCCAACUGUUGGAGUAUUUGCAAAAGCAACUGAAUCAGAUAAACCAAAAGCGUCACUUACUGAAUUAACUGAUGAAGAGAAAGCCAUAGCACAAACUACGGAAGAGACUAAAAAAGAAGAAACACAAUUACAAAAUGAUACACAAUCUUCAACCUCAGAAAAUGAAAAUAAAAAUGUGACAAACAAUAUGACGGAUGUAAAGGAACCUAAAAAACAUAGUGACUUUGAAAAAGGUGUUGUAUUCUAUUUACGAGAUGAUGUUGUAGUAGGCAUUGUACUUUGGAAUAUUUUUCAUCGUAUGUCUAUAGCUAGACAGAUAUUAGCAAGAGGCACAAAAUAUGAUGAUUUAAAUGAAGUAGCAAAACUAUUUUCAAUUCAUGAUGACUAAAUAAUAACAUUGACUACAGUGUGUGUGGUAUGUGUAUGACAAUAUUAUAAAGUCACUAUGCUGUACAUAUUCGAAAUGUUUAUAUAAAAGUCUUCAAGCAAUAUCACAUUAUAUAUCUAUGAGUUUUUAGAAUGUAUGGUAUGUACAAAUAUCAAUGAUAUAUUCCAUAGUAUACAUUGAGCAUUGUUAGAAGUAGUUCACAAAAAGCAUUUAUGAAGUAAAAUAAGUCGAACAUGAAACGCAUUGUACAGGAUAUUAAUUAUUGUUUAAUAACAUUUAAAAAAAAAAAA